GAGCAUAUUAGGUAAGGCAAUAGCAAGGAAAUUAAAGAAAGAGGAGAUAAAAAAAAAUGGGAGAAAAAGUGGAGGUGUUUGGGGCAUGGUUCAGUCCUUUCAGCCGACGAGUAGAAUUGGCUUUGAAACUGAAAGACAUUGAAUAUGAUUAUAUUGAAGAAGAAGUAUAUAAGAAGAAGAGUGAUUUGUUACUGAAAUUCAAUCCUGUUUACAAGAAAGUCCCUGUCUUCGUCCAUGCCGGAAAACCCAUUGCAGAGUCCAUUGUUAUUCUUCAAUACAUAGAAGAGACUUGGAAGGACAAUCCCAUUUUGCCCCAACAUCCUUAUCACAAAGCUCUUGCACUCUUUUGGGCCAAUUUCUUGAAUGACAAGGUGCUGCCUGUAUUAAUCAAAGCAAGGAGAUCAAGGGAAGGAAAAGAGAGAGAAGAGGCAGGGGAGGCAUUAAGAACACUUGAAGAACAGCUUAAAGGGAAGAAAUUCUUUGGAGGAGAGACAUUAGGAUUUGUUGACAUUGUUGCUAAUUUCAUAGCUUAUUGGAGUCCGGCCAUGGAAGAAGCUUUGGAUGUUCAAAUACUUACCACUGAAUUGCAAAAGCUUCCAAGGCUAACCCAAUGGUGCCAUCACUUUCUUCAACAUCCCAUUGUUAAACAAACUCUGCCCCCCAAAACUCAACUCCUUGCUUUCUUUAAAUCACAGUUUGGGACCAAUAAUCUUCCUUCCAAAUGAACACAUACUCAUGCCCUUGUUCUACAUCAUAUUGAAUGUCAUUUUCUUUUCUUGUUAAUAUUUAUUUUUGAGAUAUAUAAUUGAAUCCAACUCCAUAAUUUAAGAGUA